AUGCAAUUAAUACCACUCAAGUUUGUGUUAUUGCCUUUGCUUGCGAACGGGCAGCCACAAGUUGGAGCUGCUGGGGUUGAUUCUUGCACAGGAGGGGACAUGGUCGAUUGGAGCAGACGAACGCUUUUCGGUCAUUUCUGGAGCGCGGACUGUCCAAGCCAAGCGAAGAUGCUCACUGUUUUCAUGGGUCAGCGAAAGUGCAAGAAGAGCUACACAAACUGGCACAAGCUGCGAGGAAGCACCUGGUGUGAAUAUGGCGAUGAUGGAGAAUUGGACUACCGCGGGCUCGGAAAAUCAAACUGCGCGUUCGAACUCAAGCGACGUGGAAUCGAGACCCUCAGCGAUGCCGAGCUACUGGUCUUCUGUCAGUCCUACCUGAAACUCAAGUGCGCCAAGAUGCUGCAUUAA